AUGGUGCAGCAGAUGACCUCUCUGGGUUCAGGAUUCCAAAAAAAUUAUUUUGUCCCUCAACAGGACCCGUUCGUCUUCGAGCCCAACUGCCAGAUGAGAGUCGAUGAGUUUGGCUUUUUCAUCACCUGGAGAAGUGAGGGCCAGGUUCUAGAAUGCUCCUCAUCAACAGUAUUCGAGUCGGAUCUGUGGCCAAAGGACCCUAAAAUCCUGUCUGCGUUCGAGGCGGUGGGCAAGACGGAGCCGGACCUGGAGGGCUGUGUGAUCUGCAUCUGCAGCGGCACCGACCUGGUCAACCUCAGCUUCAUGUUCCUGGUGGCAGAGACCCCCGAAACAGCCCGGAAAUGGACGGAGGGGCUGCGGUCGGUUAUUCACAACUUCAAGGCCAACAACGUUUGUCCGAUGACCUGCCUGAAGAAACAUUGGAUGAGGAUGUGCUUUCUGACCAACGUGAACGCAAAGAUCCCAGUGAGAGGCAUCACUCGGACCUUUGCGUCGGGAAAGACAGAGAAGGGAAUCUUCCAGGCCCUGAAGGAGCUGGGCCUGCCCAGCGGAAAGAAUGACGAGAUCGAGCCGAAUGUGUUCACCUUCGACAUCUUCUACGCACUCACCCAGAAGAUCUGCCCUCGCACAGACAUCGAGGAACUCUUCACCAAAAUCAAUGGGAACACAAGUGAUUUUUUAACCGUAGACCAGUUAGUCAGCUUUCUGAAUGAAAACCAGCGCGACCCCAGGUUAAACGAGAUCCUGUUUCCGUUCUACGACCCCAAGAGAGCCACGCAGAUCAUUGAGAAGUAUGAGCGGGAUGAGGAACUGAAGAAGAAAGUCCGCAUCUCGUCGGACGGCUUCUGUCGCUACCUGAUGUCGGACGAGAACGCGCCGGUGUUCCUGGACCGGCUGGAGCUGUACCAGGACAUGGACCAGUCCCUGGCGCACUACUUCAUCAGCUCCUCCCACAACACCUACCUGACCGGCCGGCAGUUUGGCGGGAAGUCGUCUGUGGAGAUGUACCGCCAGGUGCUGCUGUCUGGCUGCAGAUGUGUGGAGCUGGACUGCUGGGACGGUAAAGGAGAGGACCAGGAGCCGAUCAUCACUCACGGCAAGGCCAUGUGCACAGAUAUCCUGUUCAAGGAUGUGAUCCAAGCAAUUAGGGACACAGCGUUUGUCACCUCAGAAUACCCUGUCAUCCUGUCCUUUGAAAACCACUGCAGUAAACCGCAACAGUAUAAGAUGGCCAAGUAUUGCGAGGAGACUUUCGGGGAGUUACUCCUCAGGCUGCCACUAGAGGGCUUCCCGAUUGAGGCGGGACGACCUUUACCUUCCCCGAACGACCUGAAACGCAAAAUCCUCAUCAAAAACAAACGCUUGAAACCGGAAGUGGAGCAGAAACAGCUGGAGUCCUUUAAGAAGCACAUGGAUGCAGGAGAGACCAACAUCCCGGCCAUCAUACUGGGGGAGGAGAACGAGGAGGAUGUGGAGAACGGAGAGAAAGAGCCAGAAGACAAGGAUGUGAACUCGGAGGCCCCCAGCAGCCUAUCAGAGGAGCCCAGUGAGAAGGCAGAGAGCAACAGCAUCUCCCAGAACCACACGUUUGGCUCCCAGAAGACUGAGGAGCACGUCAACAGCAUAAAGAAGGUGGCCGAGGAUGAGGUAACAGAGAUGUCUGAGGCGACAGAUGCUACCGACCUCUCAGAAGCAUCCGACCUGGAGAACAAAAAGGCUGGAGAAGCAGCAGAGGACUCUGAGGAGGCUCUGAUUGCACAGUACACGUAUGUAGGAGCCACCACUAACAUCCACCCUUACCUCUCCGCCAUGGUCAACUACGCACAGCCCGUCAAGUUCCAGAGCUUCGACUCGGCCGAGGAGAGGAACAUCCACCACAACAUGUCCUCCUUCAACGAGUCCGUCGGCCUGGGUUACCUGAAGACCAACGCCAUUGAGUUCGUCAACUACAACAAGCGGCAGAUGAGCCGGAUCUACCCUAAAGGCGGCCGCGUGGACUCCAGUAACUACAUGCCUCAGAUCUUCUGGAACGCCGGCUGUCAGAUGGUCUCGCUCAACUUCCAGACCCCAGAUCUGGCCAUGCAGUUGAACCAGGGAAAGUUUGAGUACAACGGCUCCUGCGGUUCAUUUAACGACGGCUCGUGGCUUAAGAACCUUAGUUCAUUGAAAUGGAUUGUGAUCCUGCCCGACCUGGCGGUGCUGCGCUUCGCCGUCUACGACGACAACAACAAGCUGAUUGGCCAGCGCAUCCUGCCCCUGGACGGCCUGCAGGCGGGCUACCGCCACAUCUCCCUGAGGAACGAGGGCAACAAGCCCCUCCUGCCCACCAUCUUCUGCCAGAUCAUCCUCCGCACCUACGUGCCCGACGGCUUCGGGGCUAUCGUGGACGCCCUGUCGGACCCAAAGAAGUUCCUGACAAUCGCAGAGAAGAGAGCGGACCAGAUGAAGGCCCUGGGCAUUGAUACGAACGACAUCGCGGACGUGCCCAGCGGGAGCUCCAAGAACGACAAGAAGGGGAAGGGCAAGGGGGACACGGUGAAAACCAGCGUCAGCCCCCAGGCCAGCUCCGACAUGGCCCAGACCUCCACCGCCGCACAGAACAACACGGCCGAGGCCCGGAGAGAUACAGCUGCCCUGGUGCCUAACGUUAGCAUCGACGACUUGAAACAGAUGAAGACGUAUGUGAAGCUGAUGAAGAAACAACAGAAGGAGCUCAGCUCUUUAAAGAAGAAACAUGUGAAGGAUCAGAACGUCAUGCAGAAGUCCCACUGCACCCAGGUGGACAAAAUGGUGUCCCAGCACGAGAAGGACAAGACAACGCUAGAGAAACUCCUGGACAAAGCCAUCAAGAAACGAGGGGAAAACAACUGCCAGGAGCUGAAGAAGGAGACGGAGGAUAAGGUCCAGACGCUAACUACUGACCACAAAGCUAAGGUGAAGGACAUCACGGCGCAGCACACCAAGGAGUGGUCGGAGCUGACCAGCGGCCACAGCAGCGAGGCCCAGGAGAUGAGGGACGGCCACGUGGGCCAGCAGUGUGAGCACCUCAAGAAGCUGCUGGCCAGCGUGCAGGAGCAGCAGACGGCCCAGCUCAAGGUCGUCCAUGAACGGCAGAGCAAAGAGAUGCGAGCCAACCAGGCCAAGAUGUCAAUGGAGAACAGUAAAGCCAUCAGCCAGGACAAGAGCAUCAAAAACAAAGCCGAGAGAGAAAGGAGAGUGAGGGAGCUGAACAGCAGCAACACAAAGAAGUUCCUGGAUGAGAGAAAAAGGCUGGCCAUGAAGCAGCAGAAGGAGAUGGAACAGCUGGAGAAAAACCAGAGGGAGCAGGUGGACAAACUGGACAAGUUCAACGAGCAGGCCAAGGACAUGCAGCAGAUGGUGAAGUUGGAGGAGGAGAUGGACCAUCGCCGACCAGCAACAGUGGUGUGAGCGUCCAAGACUAAGAGACACUUGAGAGAGAGAGAGAGAGAAAGAAAAAGCGAGAGACACACACACACACACACACACACACACACACACACACACACACACACACACACACACACACACACACACACACACACACACACAGAGAUGCACACGUAGAUGCAUGCGUCCUCCACCCAUCACACACUGGUCCCACACACCCUCUUCAUAUUUCUGUGCCAUAAACCAGACAGCUAGCGGCCACCGCCCUUGAGGUAGCAAAUGUACGCCGUCACGAGAUACACACAAAACAACAGUAAAUCUCACGGCCCUGUGUUCAUCGCAGUCGCACAUAUCGUAAUGCGACCCCCACCCCCCCCCCCCCUUCAUUAUCCAGCAGUUUGGCCCCGCCCCAAUGAGGAGAGCCACCCAGUAGCUUUGGAGAAUAAACCAACCGAGCCUCCAGGACGCAACAGCUUGCAUCUGAUUGGCUGACAGGUAUCCAGCCUUGAGAAAUAGCGUUCGAUGGCUGCGUAUGGAGUCUAGUUUUCCGUGAGGUGUUUUGCUAAACGUGGAGCCACCCUUUAAUAUCUUCGAGCCGCACUACUGGUGUUCUUUGGAUCGGCAUAUGGUGUGUUCAGUCACUGAAAUCAAAGACUGAAUACAUAGUAUGUGAGAUCCAAAGAGACACACGCAAACACACACACACACACACACACACACACACACACACAUACACACACACACACACACACACACACACACACACACACACACACACACACACACACACACACUUGUCCCUUUUUACCAGUUAAGGCUCUAUGGUACUCGUUUUUUUACUGUCUUGGUCCAGAACACAAACCUGCUGCUAGUGGUGGACACAGAACCAAUCAUGCACUUCAACCUGUUCUCACACACACACAAUCUAACACAAACACACACCCACACACACACACACACACACGCACACAGACAGGGCACAAACAGGAUUGCUUUCUUGUGGGAUGUAACAGAUAUCAGUUCACGUUUUGGUUUAUCUUUUGUCUUCUUUUUUUAAUCGGUACCCGAUAAACACAAAAAACCACUGCAACACAGUUCUACAGGCUGAUGUGGAAAGAAAGAAAAUAAUAUGUAUAGCGUUUUAAUUUCAAGUCGGCACAAACUAUAAAGAAGUGAAAUAUUCUGUAUGCUAACACACCGGUUCUGUCCUGGGCACUUUUUGAUGUGGUGUAGGCUGGCUUUACCAAUACGGGCCAAUGUACUGGCCUACUACUGUAAGUUUGUUUUCUGUAUUUUAAUAAGAAUGUAAACAAAGAGAAUCACUGUAUUGCGGAGCGGGAAAGCCUUAGUAUCACCUAGUCACUACACUGCAAGAUAUUUCUGUAUAGCUACGUAUAAUUUUACUGUUAUUCUUUUUCUAUUGUUCCAUUCACUAUCGCCCUCUUCAAAACGCUAACGUUGGGGAUUUCCUCUAAGAAGUUAAAGUUAAGAGCGCACCGAGGGGUGACUUGGUUUGAGGUUUUCACUCAGGGUCCGGAUUCACCAACUCCAGCGUUGUUUCGAACCGCUGCAAAGAACAGCGGGCGACAGCGUGACCAUGACAUUGUACAGCCGCCAUGGCAACCAACACUACCCCGCUUCUACAGCCCCUUUUUCGGAACACGCCAGCGACAAUGUUUUUCCGAUUGUGAACGACAAACGUUGCCUCUGGCUGUGGUCGUUUUUUUUGGUUGUUUUUGUAUUUUAUCGGUUGGUUUAGUUUUUGAAGAACUUUUGCCAGGAAGUAGUCACAGAAGCUCGGUACUGCGUGAGGGAAACAACGUUGACGAAACAACGUUGCCAUGGUGAGGAUCGUGGACGUCAGCUGUCAGUUACGAAAGUUUGGCCAUGAUAAUAAAAUGUAUGGUACUGUACCGUUUGCCAGGAUUCCAUGUUCAUCGUGGUUUGUCAUAAUGAUGAUGAUGAUAAAGGUGUACGGUUCGAAGGGGAUAGAAGUUAUUUUAGAUUUUUAUUCUGGCGUUUAAUUCUGCUGUAGCACAAACAACAAAGGGGAUUAGGCAAAGAUACCAUUGUACUGUAAAUUCUGGAAUGUACCAUGUACUUUACUUUUACUUUUUGACCAAAAUGUGUUGAACAGAUCUGUCGUUACAGGCCAUGGGGAUAGAAGGGUUCCAAUGGGUACUGGGAAAGACAGUGGGUUAUUUUAUAUAUUGCUACUACGUUUUUUCUUUUCAUUCUCUUUAUAUUUACUUUAUUCCCCCCUCCCCCAACAACCACACUUUAAUGUGUUCACCACAUAUCUAGUGAAGAAAAAGAAUGAAGUGCUUUUAAAAUGUUAUUCCAUUGCUUUCAGAUGUGCCACUCUUUGUCUGUUAGGAGGUUUAAAUUAUUUUGCGAAAAAUACAUGCCAAAUUAAAGGGGUUAUUUAUAUGAAUAUAUUUAUAUAUAUAAUAUAAAUAUACAUAUAUAUUAGGUAUAAUGUGUAGUUUAAGACGAUUUCUGUAUGUUUGUUAGAGGCUUUUUGCACUAGUUGAAUGUUUCUGGUGUGUUUCAACUAUAUGUUACCUUUCGCUCUCUAGUUGUUGAACAUAGCAGAUUAUUUUUGCAUAACGUUGCGGAUUUUGAUUUCCUCGAUUUAUAUCUCCUGUUUUUCUUUGUUUUCUAUCGUCAGUGUAGCCUGUCAACGGACCAUUCUGUGCGUGUUAUUUUGUAUUUAUAUUGUACUGUUCGACUUCUAGAAAUGGAAAUAUUGUUGUUCUCUGGCUCCUUUAAUACUGUUUUAUAGUAUGUGUACUAAUAAAAUAUCCAGGUGUAAAGAG